CCUUCCUGCCGGCGCCGGGGUUUUGCGUCACAGCGCGAUGGCGGCGCCGGGGGUGUCGAAGGCCGAGUACCUGCGGCGGUACCUGAGCGGCCCCGCCGAGCCCGCCCAGCCCCGCCGCCGCCGCAAGAAGAAGCCGCCGGGCGGCACCGGCAGAGCCGGGAUGCGGAUCGUGGAUGACGAUGUGAGCUGGAGCAGCAUCGCCGCCGCCCCGGAGAAGGAGGAGGAGGAGGAGGACGAAGGGGACAUGCCUGUGGUGGCAGAGUUCGUUGAUGAGCGCCCCGAUGAAGUGAAGCUCAUGGAGGAGUUCCGAACAAACUCCAAAUGGAAGCUGUUAGGAGACCAGAAUGAGGACUCGCAGAGUUCGCAUAUUUCGGGACCUGCCAAGUCUGCCACGAGGCGGCAGCGCCACGACUCCCCAGAGCCCUCACCCCCGGGAGGGAAACACAACGGCUCCUUGGACCUCUCACCCCCGAGACGGCAGCGUCACGACACUCCUGACCCUUCACCUCCGAGGAGACGGCGUCACGACACCCCUGACCCGUCCCCUCCCAGGAGACAGCGUCACGAUACACCAGACUCAUCACCUCCCAAAAGGCAGCGUCGUGACACCCCAGAUCUGUCACCUCCCAGGAGACGGCAGCGUCACGACACUCCUGACCCUUCACCUCCCAGGAGACGGCGUCAUGAUACACCAGACUCAUCACCUCCCAAAAGGCAGCGUCACGACACCCCCGACCCUUCACCUCCCCGGCGGCAGCGCUGUGACACCCCUGAUCCGUCACCUCCCAGGAGAUGGCAGCGUCAUGACACCCCUGACCCAUCCCCUCCCAGAAGGCGACGUCCUGGCACCCCAGAUCCGUCACCUCCCCGGCGGCGGCAGCGUCACAACACUCCUGACCCAUCUGCACCUCGGCGUCAGCGUCACGACACCCCAGACUUGUCACCUCCCAGGAGACAGCGUCAUGACACCCCAGAUCCAUCCCCUCCCAGGAGACAGCGUCGUGACACCCCAGAUCCAUCCCCUCCCAGGAGACAGCGUCGUGACACCCCAGAUCCAUCACCUCCCAGGAGACAGCGUCACGAGACCCCAGAUCCAUCCCCUCCCAGGAGACAGCGUCGUGACACCCCAGAUCCAUCACCUCCCAGGAGACAGCGUCGUGACACCCCAGAUCCAUCACCUCCCAGGAGACAGCGUCGUGACACCCCAGAUCCAUCCCCUCCCAGGAGACAGCGUCGUGACACCCCAGAUCUAUCACCUCCCAGGAGACAGCGUCACGAGACCCCAGAUCCAUCCCCUCCCAGGAGACAGCGUCACGAGACCCCAGAUCCAUCCCCUCCCAGGAGACAGCGUCGUGACACCCCAGAUCCAUCCCCUCCCAGGAGACAGCGUCGUGACACCCCAGAUCCAUCCCCUUCCAGGAGACGGCGUCACGACACCCCUGACCUGUCCCCUCCCAGGAGACGGCGUCAUGACACCCCUGACCUGUCCCCUCCCCGGCAGCAGCGUCAGGAUUUGUCACCUCGGAGAGAGAAGCCGGGGUCCCCGAGUGGGAAAAAGAGCCGAAGGAAAGGACGGACUUCGCCUGCCGGAAGGGACCAGCACAGGUCACGGAGUCCCCCGGAGCACUCCCCACAUCGCCAGGACACCAAGGGCUCUCCCAAGAAGGCUAACACGAUGUCAUCCGGGGCCAAAGCUGGGCUGGUGUCGGCCGACGUGCUGCGGAGGGAGAAGCAGGAGCUCCAGAAGCACGAGAGGAGCACCAAGCACCUGGAAGAGGAAUCCCGGAACGCUCAGACCGUGUUCCGAGACAAGUCCGGCCGCAAGAGGAACCUGGCCCAGGAGCAGCUGGAGCAGAGGCUGAAGGCUGAGGCAGAGUCCAAGAGAGAAGAGCAGUAUGCCAAGUGGGGAAAAGGGCUGGCACAGGAGAGGCAGCAGCAGCAGAAUGUGGAGGAUGCAAUCAAGGAGAUGCAGAAGCCCUUGGCCCGUUACAUCGAUGAUCAGGACCUGGAUCGAAUGCUGAGGGAACAGGAGAGGGAAGGAGACCCCAUGGCUGCUCUCAUCAAGAAGAGGAAGGCCAAGGAGAACAAGGAAAAAGAAAAACCCAGGUACAAGGGACCAGCACCUCCACUCAACAGGUUUAACAUCUGGCCUGGGCACCGCUGGGACGGCGUGGACAGGUCCAACGGGUUCGAGCAGCAGCGCUUCGCCCGCAUUGCCAACAAGAAGGCGGUGCAGGAGCUCGCCUACAAGUGGAGCGUCGAGGACAUGUAGGUGAGAGCUCCUGGAGUGACCCACAGACACCACCCGCGGCCAGAGCCGUGAGGAAUGGCCUGCUCUCUCUGGAACAAGCCCUCUCCUCGGCAUUCAGCAUCCCCCUGGACCAUUUUCCGAGAGGCAAGGCUGGAUCUUCCUGUCAGCCAGAGCCUCCAGCUCUCUGGGGAGGCCACUGGGUUCUCGUUUGUUUUCUAACAAACUUUUGUUCUAUGCCAAAUGCUGUGACCUCUGAGGGCAGUUCCGAGUCUUCAGGUGUCCUAAAUCUCAGGUGAAAAUCUGCUGAAUGCUUGGGCUUGGGCGAAUUACCCUCAUGCAGUGGGUCAGUCUGCUCCAGAGCUCAGGUUAAGUUUAACUUUGAACUUCUGUUAAGUUUAUGUAGUUACUGUGCCCUGUAGAUCCCAGAGUCACCAACAUGCAGGGAAGUUCAAACUCAGCUUCUCCUGACCCUGUUCAAACAGGAAACUGAGCAGGGAAUGCUCUGGCACUGGAAGAGCGACCUGCAGUGCUGCAUUGGGCACCAAGAUCUUCAGGAGCCUCAGCAAUUCUUCAGGGGUCCGUUUCUAGUGGAAGUAAAUGAGUGGAGAAUUAGGACUUAAGACCUGGAAUUGCUUCCCUCAUAGUUUGGAGCUGCUGGUCCCACCAGACCCCUCUGGAUUUGGUGCUGAUCUCGGCACUUCCCCCACGCUGCUGCCUGGGGCUCACUCCAGUGGGAAGUGUAACAACCCCUCUCCUGUGAUCAGAUUUGUCAGUCUCAGAGCUGGGGGCUGGGCAGAGCUUCCCUUAAUCCCUGUGUGCCAGAAAGCACUUGUGGAAAUAAAUACAGUUGUUCUUGUUGAGGUCCCAGGGAGCAGGGAUGAAAUUCAGGCAGCAGUUUCCAUGGAGAUGCCUUGGCUGCAGCAGUGGGCAGGGGCAGGGCAGGAUCGCUCUUUUCAGGGAUUUUCCAGUUCUGGGGGUGCUGUGGGUGGGGGGGAUAGCAGCAAAGUCUGCUCUGGAGUGCCAGACUCUUGGGACUUCCCCUGUUUUUUAUCCCUGUGCAACAUUUCCAGCAGCCCUGGAAUCGGUGUGUUCACCUGUAAAUAACACCUUUCUUUUUUUACUUGA